ACAGUCGAUUUAGUUACUCAUCGGAUCUUAUACAAUUAACAACAUUUAAAAUCAGUGGAAAUACUAUUUAAGAAUAUUGAAUAUUAUGACAACUUUACGGGAUUUUGCAAUCAAAACAAUCUUAUCUCUAGUAUUUUUAUGCUCAUUCUUACACACAAUACAAACGGAAUAUCAUACAACAAAAUACACAACCACCACAACUACAAAACAACCGAUAAUACGUUCACCGGGUCUCUCACUACCGCAGAGACAUUCGAAUCCCCCUAAAUGUACCAAGGAAGUGCCCGCCAUUUUCUUUCAGUACGAAAGAGAUGUCCAAGUCAUAGGUAAUAGUUCGCUUAAUCCUCAUUUCAAUUUGAUUGAAGUCUGCUGCCAGGGUUACAAACGUUAUGAUUUCGAUUGGACUAAAUGUGUUCCGGACUGUGGACAAAAGUGUCAACGUAAUGGUUUCUGUUUAGAGGGAGGAGUUUGUCAAUGUUUUGAGGAUUUUGUGCUAAAUCAUCGUAAUGAUUGUGUACCCACUUGCCCCUUGGGUUGUCCUAAUGGAGAAUGUUAUCUUAACGGCACUUGUGUUUGCAAUAAGGGUUAUCAAUUGGAUGCUACUAAGAAAUACUGUGAACCUAAUUGCACCCUGGGUUGUGGUCGCAAUGAAGUAUGUGAUGCUCCUGAUACUUGUGUGUGUGCCGAGGGUUAUGCCAAGGCCCUGCAUAGUCCGAAUGCUGCGCAAAUGGGUUGCCAGCCGGUAUGUAUACCGGACUGUGGUUUUGGCCAUUGUGUGGGCCCCAAUCAAUGUGAGUGUUUUCCUGGUUAUCAACAGAGAGUGAAUAGUUCGAUAUGCGAAAGUAAUUGUUAUUUACGCUGUGAAAAUGGUUUUUGUGCCAAUCGCACAGGUUGCAUAUGCCAGGAUGGCUAUAAGUAUGAUGUAAAUACCACCUCCUGUCUGCCAGACUGUGGUGAUGAUUGUGAGAAUGGUAUUUGUACAGCGCCUGGAUUUUGCAGGUGUUUCAAUGGCUAUCAGCGUAAUGGUUCCAAAUGCGAAGCUAUAUGUGAACAUGGCUGUGGCUUUUAUGGCAAAUGUAUUGCACCUGGAGUUUGUGGUUGCGCCAUCGUCGAUGGACCUUUUAAAUCAUAUCAGAAAUGUGAACUCGGCUUUUGCAACUCCAAGGGACGUUGUCGUUGUCAAGUUGGCACGACUAGAUUUAUAAAUCAAUGUUUGGUUCCAGACAAAGUGACGACAUAUGCAUCUAUGAAACACCAGAAACUAAAUGAGGCCUUGAUUGAAGAGUUUAAUUUGUUAAUUGGAAGACAUUUUACACUGGGUGAUUUUACACCAUUUGUGGGUUAUUUUAAAAAGAAAUAAAUAAACUGUAGAUUAAGAAAAAUUACGAAAAACUAAA